AUGCAGUUCCAGCAAUCGGACUUCUCCCAGCUUCAGCAAGCGCAGGAAGAUCAAUUUAGGGUUCCGCUCAAUGCGGGUAUAGAGCCGUCUUUCAGGGCGGACCAGUGCGCAGCAGGACGCGGCGACGCCGCGGCAUUCAUACCGUCGAGUGCGGCGGACCUGUCGCAGCUGCCUGGGGGCGCCAUGAUGGACUUCGCGGCGCUGCCAGGCGAGCCCGCGUGGCCGCUUGGGGCUCGCGACGGGCUCUGGUUCCCCGAAGCGUCGCAGCUAGUCGCUCCGCCCGUCGACGCUGCUGCGACGAAUGAGUUUGGCGGGGCCGCUGGUGGCGGCGCUGUGAGCAUGGACGGCGGCGACGUGGCGUCGUCGGGGGUGUCGCGGGACUUGCUGCUGCAGCUGCUGUCGGCGGGUCUCGACAUGCCCUCGCUGCAGGCCAUGCUCGCCGCGCUCGACGCCCCCACCACCGCCACCGCCACCCCGCUCGCCACGUCGUCACCACUCGAGUCGCAGCCGCCCCAGGUGGGUGCGGACAACACGGCGCAGCUUUUCGCAGCAGGCGCGGCUGCGGCGGCGGAGCACACGGUGGGUGCAUUCAACGGUUCUGCGCCGCCGGGAAGCGGCCGCGCCACCCUGAGCCAGAGCCACAGCCUGGACGGUCGAUCCGCGCUUCCGCCCGUGUCGCCGCAAGUCAACGCGCGAUCUCGACCGCAGCUCACGGCGGGCGAGCGCCCCGUCCCGGUGCUGGGGUCCGCCGCGCACGGCGCGCAGUCGAGCCUGCGCUCCCGGCGGGGCCUGCCCGACCUCUCCAGCUCGCUGGCCAACGCGCGCCCCUCCGCCGUCUCCCGCCUCGCCGCUGCCACCUGCGGCAAUCCCCCCUCCAACUCGGGCAAGCGCGAGGCCGAGGCGGGCAUGACGGGCGGCGCAGCGCGGUGGCCGCUGUCGCCCGCGCUCAAGAGCCCGCGAUCCGACGGAUACCGCAGCCCUGGCGGCAGCCGCGUUCUGUCCGCCAUAGCCGCGAGUCCCACCGGGCUCGCGAGCGACAUGGCGCAGCUGCGCGUGCGCUCGCUGCCCACCACUCCGCUCGGCGGGGCCGCGCCCUUGCCGCUGGGGUCGGCGCGCGGCGGAGUGGGAGGGGGCGUGCCAUCCGCGGAGUCGGCAGGCAGAGGGUCGCACUCGAGAGGGUCGAGCGGCGAGCAGGGCUACGAGGUGGCGUCGGCAGGCGGGCACGAUGGAGCCGCGCGGGACGGGCAGGAGGGCGGGAUGGAAGCGGGCGCCGCGCACAUGGAGGAGGGCGGGGGGGCGGCAGCAGGGAUGGGCGAGGGCGUGGAGGGCGGCGGAGGGGGAGACGAGCUGUACGGCGGCGAUGGGUUUGGGCUGGACGAGGGGGGGGACGAGGAGGCGGACGGGGAGGGCGGCAAGGGGGGGGGCGGAGGCAGGGGGCGGGGCCGGCAUUCGACGAAGCCGCGCAGCGUGGCGGAGCGCAUGCGGCGGGAGCGCAUCUCAGCGCGGCUGAAGCGGCUGAAGGACGUGAUGCCGCGCACGGACGCGCGCACAGACACGUCCGCCAUGCUGGACGACGCCGUGGUGUACAUCCGCUCCCUGCAGAUGCGCUGCGCCGCCCUUGAGACCCAAAACUCUUGUCCACAGUGGAAUGUACCCUUACUCCCUUGCCCCUUUCCGCUCCCGUUCUACCUCCUUAUCUCCCAUUCAUGCCAUCUUCUUCCCCUUCUCUCUCCGUUCAUCCUCUCCCACGAUAACUCGUUCUCCCCCCCUCUUCUUACUCCCUCCCCCACUCCCUCCCUCCCUCCCUCCCCUCCCUCCCUCCCUCCCUCCCUCCCUCCCUCCCUCCCUCCCUCCCUCCCUCCCUCCCUCCCUCCCUCCCUCCCUCCCUCCCUCCCUCCCUCCCUCCCUCCCUCCCUCCCUCCCUCCCUCCCUCCCUCCCUCCCUCCCUCCUCCCCCACUCCCUCCCUCCCUCCCUCCUCCCCCCCGCCCUCCCUCCCUCCCUCCCUCCCUCCCUCCCUCCCUCCCUCCCUCCCUCCCUCCCUCCCUCCCUCCCUCCCUCCCUCCCUCCCUCCCUCCCUCCCUCCCCUCCCCCUCCCUUUCCUUCCCCCCGCUCCCCUCCCAGUCUUCCUCCUUUUCUUCCUCCUAGGCCAUCUCUCCUUCCCCUUCUCUCUCCCUUCCCUCCCUCCCACAUUCACUCUGGCCAACCCUCGAUCCCUUCCUCUUUCCCCGCCUCUAUGCUUCCCUCCUUCCUUCCCCUCCCUCCACCCCUGUCUCCUUACUCCCGUGUCCUCUCAUUACAUUGAUCACUUCCUUCCUCCUCCCUCUUCUCCACGUCUUCACUCUUCUGCUCCCCUCCCCGGUCUUUCAUUGCUGUGGAUAGAAAACAGCGAACGGCAUUGUUAG